UACAGCACACCUCUACAUGUGUGUGUUUCAGUCUCUCCUGCGCACUCUGAUGAAGCUGAAGAAGGAUGAGAAGUUGAAACUGUUUCAGAGCCAUCUGAGUCAGGAUUGCCCAGAAUGCUUUAAGAGUCUGUCUGAAGAUCCUUCUGUGCUGGAUAAUUUUAUGAAGAUGAAGGAAUUGUUCAAGAGUCAUCAAAUUGAUGAAGAAUGCACUGAGAGAGAGCAAGAGGAUUCUAAGGCCCUGUACAUAGUUGAGAAGAUGCUGGAGACCUGUGGCAGUGAGAGGUCCCUGAAGAUCACACUCCACAUCCUGAGGAACAUGAAGCAGAAGGAUCUCGCCGACUUACUGGAGAGAGAUGAAUCCAUAAAAAGAGCCCAGCAGGCACUGAAAACUCAUUUGAAGAGGAAGUUUGAAUGCAUAUUUGAAGGUUUAGCAAAACAGGACCACCCAACCCUCCUCAAUGAGAUCUAUACAGAGCUCUACAUCGCAGAGGGGGGAAGUGUGGGGGUCAAUAAUGAACACGAGGUCAGACAGAUUGAGACAGCAUCCAAGAGACAAACCACACAGGAGACUGCAAUCCUCUGCAAUGACAUCUUUAAGCCUUUACCUGGACAAAAGAAAACCAUCAGAACUGUGCUUACAAAGGGCAUCGCUGGCAUUGGGAAAACCGUCUCUGUGCAGAAGUUCAUUCUGGACUGGGCAGAAGGAAAAGCCAAUCAGGACAUCGAUUUCAUCUUCACUCUUCCUUUCCGAGAUCUGAAUUUGAAGAAGGAAAAAGCAUUUAGUCUAAUGCAACUUCUGCAGCACUACUUUCCACAAUUGAAAGAGAUCAAAAGUAUUGAAGGUGAUGAAGUAAAAGUGGUGUUUAUCUUUGAUGGUCUGGAUGAGUGUCGACUUCCUCUAGAUUUCCAAAGCAAUGAGAUCUGCUGUGAUAUAACAGAGUCAUCAUCAGUGGAUGUGCUGCUGACCAACCUCAUUACGGGGAAUCUGCUUCCCACUGCUCUCCUCUGGAUCACCUCCCGACCAGCAGCAGCCAAUCAGAUCCCUCCUGAGUGCGUCCACCAAGUGACAGAGGUACGAGGGUUCAAUGACCCACAGAAGGAGGAGUACUUCAGGAAGAGAAUCAGAGAUCAGAACCAGGCCAGCAGAAUUAUCUCACACAUAAAGUCAUCCAGGAGUCUCUACAUCAUGUGUCACAUACCAGUCUUCUGCUGGAUUUCUGCUACUGUUCUAGAGACAAUGUUGGGUAAAGUAUUCAAUAGAAAAAUGCCCAAAACACUGACUGAAAUGUACACACACUUCCUGCUCAUUCAGACUAAUGUGAAAAAUGAGAAGUAUUAUGACACUGGUGAGACAAACCCAAAGAUGUCAGAUACAGAAAUCAUCCUGAAACUGGGGCAGUUGGCUUUUCGACAGCUGGAAAAGGGCAAUCUGAUAUUCUAUGAAGAGGACCUGAGAGAGAGUGCCAUUGAUGUCAGUGAAGCUUCAGUGUACUCUGGGGUGUGCACAGAGGUCUUUAAAGAGGAGUGUGGGUUGUAUCAGGAGAAGGUCUACUGCUUUGUGCAUCUGAGCAUUCAGGAGUAUCUGGCUGCCUUGUUUGUGUUUCAUUCAUGUGUAAAUGAGAACAGAAAUGUACUCAGAGCAGAAGAAUCAAAACCUCACAGUGAUAGAGUGCAACUGUCUGAGUUACACAGGAGUGCAGUGGAUCAGGCCUUAGAGAGUAAGAAUGGACACCUGGACCUUUUCCUCCGAUUCCUUCUUGGCCUCUCCUGGACUCCUUCAGACCUUUCUUAA